AUGCUUCCGUCUGAGCUUGAGGAGAAUGCGACGGAAGACAGAAUUGAGGCCGAGAAGAAGCGCAUCCGCAAUGACAUCGUCCUGAAGAGCAACGCAAGCAUUAUGAACGAUGACCAGCACCGACCUGACGACCAGAAGGCUAUCAAGCUUAUGCGAGCGCUUGGAUCUGAUUUGAACAUCAACGCUUUCUCGUUGAACUUUCGAUACGCGGAUGGAUGCCUCAACGACGACAUCGAAGAAGCCAACUACCUCAUGCAGAGAGUCGUGGAGACAUUCUCAGUCGACAGCCCCACUGAUGAUCCCACCAAGAUUCCUCUGUACCUCACUUCUACCGAGUUCUCAGAUGAACUCUACGGGAAGUGCAAGGCAAACUUCGUGAAGCGACUUGGCCUGUCACCGAGCACGCAAGAUCUCAUGGUCCUGCGGAACGUCGUCAUGUCUCCGUUCCCAAGUGACGGCAACUUCACCAACGAUCUUGCCGAGGAGUUCAAAAAGGUGGUUGAAGCUGAGACUGAGGUCGUUCGCAAGCGCAACACAUUGGCCCCAGACUUCCACAAAUUUCUCAUCCAGGGAACAGAGAAGAUCUACCUCAUUCACAGGCCUAUGUUCCACGUCGCAAAUCAUCGACAGCAAGUCAUCAUGUCUGCCAAAUUUGAUGAUCGAUCUGAGGCAAAAUACGCCGACAUGAAGAAUUCAAACCCAUCGGAGCCCCUCGUUCUCGUGACGAAGCGAAAGGUCAUGUUUAAAGACAUUGCGGAGAGGGGCGGAAAGUUCGAAGGACAGAUUAUGACAGAAGAUUCAGGUAUCGUCAUCCAGGAUGUCACAGUCACGCUUGGCAAGACGGUUGUGAGUCGACCUUUGAACUCCAAGUGGCGGCUUGAGGAGUAUCCGAGCACCUUCAUGCCAUUCUACCUCUACGGAACCCCAACGGAGGCAAACAUCGACCACGUGAUCGUCCGCGCUCCGAACACGCAGCUUUCGGCGGGCCGGUGUGACCUCAAGUUCUACAAUGAGAAUGACAUGGACCCCGGAAUCUGGAACAAGCCCUUGGUCUUGCUCAUCGAAGAUGUCCGCGAGGCCCCGAUGCAGCCUUUCCCACCGAACAGCGAGAUCGGCAGCAAGAAUGGCGCGAUCGUUGCCCACAACGACUAUCAUCGCCAGAAUGCUUCGAAGAGUGCUUCUGCGGAGGCCAAAGCUACCCAAAAGAACGGACCAAGGGAUUGGUACCAGAACGGUCGCAGCAACUGGUACGGCAAUGGCAACAACAAUUUUGCAAACAAUGUGGUGAAUGAAGCACAGAAGAAAUAUCUGUCCAACAUUACUUGUUCGCGGUGCCCAAAGAAAGAUGCAAAUGGAAACAGUGAUGGCGAGGCGAAGGGGCACAACAUGGAUGACACCCCUGAGCCACACACUAAGGCGAAGGUCCUUACCACGGAGACGCGCAGUGGUGCUGCCAGGGGAUCGAAUUUCUUCUUCCGUCCGGGGGCGACUUUCAAGGUAGGGGUAUGGGAAGACAAGAACAGAUCUGACGAGAGUUCGAAGUGGGCUUGCUAUGAGCUGGGCAAGUUUGUCGGCCGUGGAACCCUUACUCUUGGCGACAGCGUGUUCGUCGACAGCGAGGCAAUGAACUUCGACCCCUUCAAGAGGGUCGAGAAGGUUACAGAGUGGCGCCGGGAGUUCGAUCAGAUUGGCAAGGAAUUGGCUUAG